AUGGACAAAGAUUGCGACAUGGUUAUAAAAAAUAUUUCUGACAUAUAUAAAUCUGAAGAAUUUAAGACCUACGACAACUUUGUUUCAUUAGUUGCUGAAUGUGUUUGGGAAAUAAGAGAUAAAGAUAGAAGAGGCAAAGUAUGGAAUGAACAACUAAGACCCGCUAUGUUUGAGAUGAAGAGAGCAAUUGACGCCUUAGUUGUUUUAGCAGGUAAGGUUUCAGAAUAUAACGCAAAAAUGAACCCGCAAUGUUCUAAAUGUAAAGCAGCAAUGAGGAAAUAUAACUACUCAGUCAAAGAGAUAGAAAGAAUGAGAAACGACUAUGCAGACUUAAAGAAAGAAGCAGAAAAGUCAGCAGAAGAUAAAAUGGACAUGUUGACAUUUCUUAAUAAAAAUUAUCCAACAGCAGAAGAUUUCCUUCUGUCUGACGUCAAGAAGAAAUAUAAAGAGACUUUCGGCAUUGUUAAAACAUUCGAUGUACUAAAAGAAGAAAUAGAAGCUACGAAAUUGUUUAGAGUCUCAAAUAUACAUCGUACAAUUCAUGUAAAACGCUUGUGA